AUGUCCCGGGAGAGACAGAUCCGUGGGCGCCGAAGCGCCGGCUGCGCCACAUGCCGGAAACGAAAAGUCAAAUGUGGUAGGCAAGGAAUCCUGAUGAACUCGGGUACUGUGAGCAUUCAUGAGAAGCGACCAGUCUGUGACCGUUGCAGCCGGGGAUUUCACGUAUGCCUCGGAUAUGAUACAAUUCCCAUUUUCGUAUUUGAAGAUAAACACAUUGGAAACCGCGUUACAUCUAACCAAACAUUCCAGUCGGGGCGGAGUAUAGCAGCGUCCCGCAUGGCCGAGGACAGCAGGGUUAUUCAGAAGCAUCCUGGAUUGUUGUCUACUGAAGUCCCUGCAAGUCUCAACCUAUCAGCUUUUUCACAAGACAUAGUUCUUUCUUAUAUGAUAUCACAAUUAAGUGGUACAUUUCCGCAAGGCCCAAGCGUUCACGAAAUUCCUGGUGUCAAAGAAGACGCACCAUCAUUUUGGACUAUCUUAUCAUCCAAGAACACAGAUUCCCCGGCUUUCAUAUGCGGGCUAAGCUCGGCAGAGGCACUGUUCGGCCAUAUGCAUGGAGACAGAAGUAUGGUCCGCCAUUCGUCCACCUUAUAUGACCAGGCCCUGCACAGAUUUCAGCGUGACUUGGAAAUGCUUGGCUCCCACGGAGGUUGGGCGCAACAUUAUGCUGCAAUAUGGAGCUGCUUAUUCUUGGCAUUGUAUGAGCUCCUGUCAGGCAUGGGGCCCAUCAAUUGGAUUCAUCAUUCUCUUGGAAUCGCCGCUUUGGCCCAGAGCGCUGGACCGGCAGCCUUCCAGUCGCCGAUGGCCCGAGAGUUGUUGAUCGUGCUCCGGAGCUUUAUUGUGGUUGCGGCUGUCGCAAAAAGGAAAAGGUCGUUUCUUAACCAGGAAGAGUGGAAAAAAAUACCCUGGGAAGUCGACCCGGAUACCAAGACCACUGGGGAUAGACUACAAGACCUCUUAUGUCAAGUCCCUGGCAUAUUAGAGGACAGUGAUGAAGUAUUGAGAUGCCCUUCCAAGAUCCGCCUCAGAGCAUUGCAGGAUCAAGUGUCACUUGCCCUUGGCGAGCUGUUCCGCCUCCAAGUGCGGUGGAUGCAAGAAAACCAAAACUGCUAUUGGGAGAUACCAGCCAAAAAGGCCAAUUCGCUUUGGGUGUCCGAGAGCAAUGAACCACUAUUUGGGCGCGUGCUGUGGUUCAGAUCUUUCCGUCUCGGCCUUGAAUACAUCCACUUUCUUGUCGUGUGGCUUCUGCUGCAUGGUGUUUGUACAUCGGCAUCUCUAGACGGACUAACUAACCCACCCGAAAAUUUACUCCAAGGAGUGAUAUCGUCUCCAUCAAUGAUUCGUCUGGGAGAUGCAACGCCACAAGAACACGCUGUUGAGCUUUGCCGAGUUAUUGACUUUAUGUUAUUGGGCGAAGAUGGACACAGGGGGCCCAUGGCUCUUCUCUUCCCGAUGAAGAUAGCUUCGAGGUAUCUAAACGAUUUACCCGAGAUAUUCCAGUGUCUUAAAAGGGCUCUCCAUCGAAUAUCAGCAGACAAGGGGUUUAGUCUGGGCGACCAAGUGCUAAACAUGGAGCGCGCCGAUUUCUGUUCUAAUUCAGGAAGACAGACUUGA